UUUCAUGCUUCCUCUCUGAGACUCUUGGAUGUGUUGUUCAUGAACCUGUCAGCAAUAAGCUGUCUUGAUGCAGAAGAGUGUUGCAACCUUAAUGAAGGACAACCCGGGUGUGAGUCCCGGCGGUGCAAACGGAGGGAGGAAAAUGAGCACCAAUGAUGUGCCAGAAAGGGAAGGCUGUGGGAACCCUGGCGCCGCAAACGGGGCGAGAACGAGUGCUGAUGAUCAGCAGAGAAAUGCAGUUCAUCACUUGAAUCAGCGUCUUGAAAAUUUGGAGGAAAAAUUCGCGGAGCAAGUGGCACGGCAGAAUGCGUGGAAUCUCAAGGUGGAGCAGUUGAUGUUUGUCAUGAUUAACCGAAUCGAUCACUUGGCUGAAGCUUUGGCCGAAGCGGACAGACAUGAGCAGGAUCGGGGUUAUUGCCAGGAUCACGCCGAUGUCGCAGCGGAACCCAUUUCAUCUCAGAAAAAUAACCAGGAUGUGGAGCCUCAGGCCGAUGGUCACGACAACAGUAGCAUUCAGUCCGAAGAGGACAAUCAAGAGUUAAGGAUAAGUGAAUGACAGCCGCUGGGAUCAUGACGAUCGUAGGCACACCUGAGUCUCCUGACCGCGUUCAAUGAUCGUUGCCAGCCAUCAUUUGGAAUUCGAAUUCUUUCUCCGCAGAGCAAGCAAGAUGUAUCACACUUUUGUGAAUGCGCCGGAGCCAUGGUGCGAUGCGCUCACGGUGCUCGACUUCUGCGCAUGGCAUUCCAAGGAAGUGCGUCUGCGAACGGGGGCCACACGGCCGCAUACCCUUGACCCGCAAGCUGGUUCUGAAGAAGACCAAUGUCUGCAGCUGAGAUGAAUGACAUUGCAUUGUUCGAUGAGUUUGUGUCUCGCUCAGCCUUGGAGAAUUCAUCUCAUGAUGAGGUGAGGCCUGCUGAGGCGUUCGUGGAGGAAUUCACGCAACGGUGUCGAGGCCGUCGCCAUAUUCCUCUGGCAAAGCCACGUCAGCUCGUGAUAAAAAAUGAGGAUGAAUUUUCCUCAUCUUUACCGUGAACAUUCAACAUGUCGUUGAUUGCCUAUCCCAUAACCAUGCUGAUGAUAAGGAUGAGGAGAGCGAUGAAUCCGCCGAUGAUCAUGGUAUAUUAGGCAAUCAAUGACAUGCUGAAUGUUCAUCGUAAAGACGAGGAGAAUGAUGAUGAUGAUGAUGAUGAUGAUGGUGAUGAUGAUGAUGAUGGUGGCAGUGGUGGUGCUGAUGUUAAUGGCUGCCCAAUGACUGGUCAGACUAAUGAAGCAUACCACUUAGCAGUUGAUGACUUGAUUUUGUUUUGGGAGGACCUACUUGAAGACGCGGACGAUUGGCGGGCAAUGGCAGAGGAUGUGUUUGCUACUCUAUUUCUAGGGUACUACUAGAUCUGAAACCACACGAAUGCGCUGCGAUGCGAUGCAAGAGAGGGAAUCCGAUGAGAUGCACACUAAAAGCUUUUGUUUGACGACUGCGCUAUAAGGAAUGCAAGUGGACGGUUGACCAACCUUUUUUGCAAGCUUUGUCUUUAGCAGAGUUUGCUCGCCUUUUCUGAUCGUGUUUGUCCAGUUGGGAUCGGACGGUGAGAACUUGCCUUUGUGGAUUGCGAUUGCAUGCGCGGACUCAAACUAGCAGGCGUCUUGGCUGACAUCCUCUACACCUAAAAGGCGGGACCACCACUGUCGUGGAAGCAGACGGCUGUCGUGGCGAAAGGAUGAGAUUGACACCAGCAAUGCCGAGACGGAAGUACAGGUUCUGGCAGAAGCCCUGGUUCGUGAACGAUAUGCGCCUCAAAUUGCUGCUUUGUGAGCACGCUUCGCACCCAAGAUCCGCCUUUCUUCAAGGUCGCAUGCCUCGACUUGCAGACAUGCAUGCGUAAAGUAUGGCCUUCUGCUUCACAAACGAUAUGUGUCUCAAAUUGCCGCUUUGUGAGCACGCUUCGCACCGGAGAUCCGCCUUUCUUCAAGGCCGCAUUGGUUGUAACACAUGCCUCGACUUGCAGACAGACAUGCAUUGUAGAGUAUGGACUUCUGAUGCUUUUUUUUUUGUAAACACUGACAACCUCAUGCUUUACUUCUGCCCACACUUUUUCCGAAUAUUAUCGUAUAUAUCCUCGUAGAAUUCAUCCAUCAUCAAGUGUGGCCUUCAGUUGCACACAGACUAGCAGACGUCAUACGGUUCCGGUGCUGGCAUUUUUUUUUUUUUUCCGCUUGUUAAAAGCGACAGUAUAGUGUGGGGUGACCACCUAGCGGUGGAGUAACUGCUUCUGCUGUUAUGGGUCUUCUGUUGGCUUCUUGCUGCAAAUGGAGGGGUUCGUCAGCUGUACCUGAG